CGCAUCACUACAACAAUAUGCGCCAUUAUGAACAGAUCAUGAAGGCUGUCAGUGACAGACUAGGAUCUAAGCAAGGCUGUAAAAUCCACUAACAGUCGCUGUCAUUCUCAUCUCAGCUUUGCAAGAUCUCGAGGAAUAGACGUUCUCACAAUUACUCCAAGCGCAAAAGAGAAAAAAUGUUCAUCGGGCGAGUAUACGACAAAAAGAAGAGCAAACAAGCCACCAACACAAACACAUACAACGAGCAAGUGAAGAAAAGAGGACGAAGCAGAAGUCGGAGCCUGUCUGAUGAAGAAACCGAAGAGGAUAUGAGUAUUGAUAAAAGUGAUAAGAACUCCGCAAAUUUUAAAAAGUCGAAAAACUCAAGAGGAUACGACUCUGCCGAUGAGUUAGAGAGAGAUAGUGACCAUGAAGAUUACGUCAAAACUAAGAAAUCCUCGGGAAAGGAAGGAGGGGAUAAAACAUUCAUGGAAAGGAUAAACGAAAAAGUUAAGAAGUUAAAAAGAGACAACACAACCAAAGAACCGAAGGAACCCAAAUUGAAUGGAGCUCCUGUAGAGAGUAAACAGACUGUUUAUUCAAUCCCUACAGAUGUUGAGAAAGGGAUGAAGAAAGGAAAGACCAGUAAAGUAGAGGGACAAAGAGUAAUAGGAUAUGGGAAGGAUAAGUUUGAGUCGAUAGAAUUAGACAGUGGAGAUGAGAAGAGGAAAGGAGGAGACGGAGGAACGAAGAGUGUUGCAGUCCAAGCUACGCCUUACCCUCCCUUCCGUCUGAGAGUCUUGCCUCAUCCCGACUGGCAGGAGUCAGAGACCACUCUACUGAAGUUGGUGAGGUUAGUGCUGUGUCAAUGUGGUCUGACGUGUAUCAUACUGACCUGGGCAUUCAUCGGAGCUUUGGUGUUCCGUCUGACAGAAGCACCCAGAGAAUACUCACAGGUGCAAGAGAUGAACCGCCGUCAGACAGAGCUAGUGGUUGGCUUAGCAACAGACCUUCGGCAGGUAGUGCCAGAAGAGCCAGUGUGGCGCACCACUAUAGAACACUACGCCACACACCACGAGUCUCUCAUAUUGUCAGCUGUAGCGUCAGGAUAUCCACAGAGAGGAACCAUCUGGACAUACAGUGGUUGUCUGUUGUUUGCUACCUCCUUACUCAAGUGCCAUGUUUGACAGGUAGUGCCAGAAGAGCCAGUGUGGCGCACCACUAUAGAACACUACGCCACACACCACGAGUCUCUCAUAUUGUCAGCUGUAGCGUCAGGAUAUCCACAGAGAGGAACCAUC